AUGGACGGUCCAGAUCAAAUCGGCCCCGAUCAUUCGCCCAAGCGCACAAUCAGCGACAGACUGCGCUACACGGUCAAGACCUUCACUACUCGAGAGGGCCUACUAGGAGAGUACGACUAUGGAUACCUCUUCAUCCCACGACUGCCUUUUACAAAGCGAGCUCGCAAAUCUGCCCCGUUCUUCGGUCUCGAAGAUCGCGUGCCAGUCGUUCUGGCAUUGAUUCUGGGGUUGCAGCAUGCGCUUGCUAUGCUGGCUGGUGUUAUUUCACCACCCAUUCUGCUCGGCGGCUCAGCCGGUGCCAACUUCGGGGAUGAACUCUACCAGUACCUCGUUUCGACUUCGUUGAUCGUCUCGGGUCUGUUGAGUGCUGUUCAGAUGUUCCGGUUCCAUAUCAAGGGGACAAAAUACUAUAUUGGAACCGGAUUGCUAUCAGUCGUCGGUACAUCUUUCUCUACAAUCACAGUCGCUCAAGGCGCCUUCGCCCAGAUGUAUAAAUCGGGAUACUGUCCUUCAUCUCCAGAUGGAUCUCCGCUCCCCUGUCCAAAAGGUUAUGGCGCCCUCCUCGGCACCUCGUGUCUCUGCUCUCUCCUCGAAAUCGGCAUGUCCUUCAUGAGCAGCAAGAUCCUCGCCCGCGUCUUCCCCCCACUCGUCACCGGCCCAACUGUCCUCCUGAUCGGUGCCUCGCUUAUCAAGUCCGCCAUGACGGACUGGGCCGGUGGCGCAUCAUGUGGUUCGGACCCCUCCGCCCGCGCAUUGUGUCCCAGCGCUAGUGCCCCGCACCCUCUCCCCUGGGGAAGCCCUCAGUUCAUCGGACUUGGAUUCCUAGUCUUCGUGACGAUCAUCGUCUGCGAGCGGUGGGGUCCUCCCAUUCUCAAGAGUUGCUCCGUCAUUGUUGGCCUGUUGGUUGGCUCGAUCGUCGCUGCCGCAUGCAACUACUUCGAGUCCGCCGGUAUCGCUGCUGCACCAGUGGCUUCCUUCGCUUGGGUCCACACGUUCCCGCUGUCGGUGUACCCGCCGCUCAUCCUGCCGUUACUCGCGCUAUACAUCGUUAUCAUGAUGGAGUCUAUUGGUGAUAUCACGGCGACGUGCGAUGUCUCCCGACUGCAGGUCGAGGGCGAGACCUUCGAUUCCCGGAUCCAAGGUGGUGUCCUGGGCAAUGGUAUCACCUGUCUCUUGGCCGGUCUGAUGACGAUUAGCCCUAUGUCUGUCUUCGCGCAGAACAACGGUGUGAUCGCGCUGACGAAAUGCGCCAACCGCACCGCCGGCUACUGCUGCUGUCUCUUCCUGGUUAUCAUGGGAAUUUUCUCCAAGUUCGCCGCUGCGCUGGUUGCAAUCCCCAGUCCCGUGCUCGGUGGCAUGACCGCUUUCCUCUUCAGUUCCGUGGCAGUCAGUGGUCUGCGCAUCAUUGGAUCUGUCGAACCCACCCGUCGCAAUCGCUUCAUCCUCACGGCUAGUUUCUCCAUUGGAAUGGGUGUCACCCUCCUGCCGGCGUGGUUCACUUACUUCUUCACCUACUCCGGUGACAACCAUGCGCUCGCUGGUCUGAUCAAUGCUGUCGAUCUGGUCAUGGAGAACGGAUUCGCUAUCUCUGCGCUUCUCGGCAUCUUCCUCAACCUCUUCAUUCCCGAGGAGCCUGAUGAUGUCCCCGCCAUCUUGGAGUCGACCGACUCCAAUGAGACCCAGGUACAGACCAACAUGCCUGAACAGUCGUCGACGACUACCAAAAUGGCUUGA